AGCCCAAAAGGCCAAUCAUAAAUAUCAUAGAAUCCCCAAAUAGACCCUUGGGCAAUAGUCAAUAGACAAAUAAAAUAGAACAAGGAAUCUGAAAAAUAGGUACAAUAUUACACUCAAUUUCCCGAUAAGAGUCCUCAGAGUUCGGUUCCCAAAAGUAGAGCCACAAGAUUCCUACCCCACAAUUAUCGUUCCCCGAGCCUAUCAUUUGAUUCAGUUUCCUGUCCAUCCCUAUUGCGCUCUGCAGCUCCUCCCAUCCCCAAAAUCCAACUACAGGGGAGUGGAGCAAAGAUCCUUGCACGUGCCCCGCACAUGCGUACCGCACAGUUCUCUUUUCACCUCCUCCCUUGUUCCUUCUGUUACAGUAUACGCUAGUCGAAGCCCGCGUUAUAUUUACGAUUAUAUUAAAUGGUUUGAGAAUUUUUAAAUGAAAAAUCAUUCAUGCGCGUAAAAAUGACAUCAGCAUAUAUAUAUUUUUUUAAUCUAUGAAAUAUAAAAAAUAUGUUUUAGUAAUUCACUGACAUAAAUUAAGGAAAUAUAUGAGUUUUAGUAAAUUAUAACUUCACCAUUUCAGAAACGUUCAAGUAUGAAAUUUGGGAUUUGAAUCAUAAGUUUAAAUAAAACUUGGCAUUAAAACAUAUUAAAUUUCUUUCGAAUCGACAAAUAUUGAAAAGAGAAGUCACCGGGUCAAGUCGUCGGGGUGGCAAAUCAAAAGAGGGAGGAGGAGACACUCACUCACACACGCACAGUUCCAAUGUCUACCCAGCGCGAAUACGAAACCUUCACCGGAAGCGACGCGGCGGCUGCCGGGGAGUCGGAGGAGGAGCACCGGCACCCGGUUGAGGAAGUGCGUCUGAUCGUGCCGGAGACCGACGACCCUUCGAUGCCGGUGAUGACUUUCAGGGCGUGGUUUCUGGGCAUAAUCUCAUGCGUCCUCCUAAUCUUCCUCAACACCUUCUUCAUAUACCGGACUCAGCCGCUGGCCAUAUCGGCUAUUAUAGUUCAAGUCGCCGCCCUGCCCGUGGGCAGAAUCAUGGCCUCGACGCUGCCCACCCGAAAGUACACGGUCCUGGGAAGGAGCUUCAGCCUGAAUCCUGGGCCGUUCAAUGUCAAGGAACAUGUGAUCAUCACGAUUUUCGCAAAUUGUGGGGUUUCUAGCGGUGGGGGUGAUGCGUACCCGAUUGGGGCUAUUACGGUCAUGAAGGCUUACUACAAGCAGAGCUUGAAUUUUCUCUGCGGCCUUCUCAUCGUCUUGACCACUCAGUUAUUGGGGUAUGGAUGGGCUGGGAUAUUGAGGAGGUACCUUGUUGAGCCUGCUGAAAUGUGGUGGCCUUCAAACCUUGCUCAGGUUUCUCUUUUCAGUGCACUCCAUGAAAAGGAAUCAAAAUCAGAUGGCCCAACCCGGAUGAAAUUUUUCCUUAUUUUCAUGUUCGCAAGCUUUGUCUACUAUGCAUUUCCUGGAUACUUAUUUCAAAUUUUGACAUUUUUCUCAUGGGUCUGCUGGGCUUGGCCCCAUAGUAUCACCCUUCAGCAAAUCGGAUCUGGUUACCAUGGGCUUGGGGUCGGAGCCUUCUCCUUUGAUUGGACUGGAAUUUCAGCAUACCAUGGAAACCCGCUGGUGGCACCGUGGUUUUCAAUCGUCAAUAUUGGGGUUGGAUUCAUCAUGUUUAUCUACAUAAUUGUCCCUCUGUGUUACUGGAAGUUUAACACCUUCGACGCGAGGAAAUUUCCUAUAUUUUCUGAUCACAUAUUCACUUCAAGUGGAGGAGAUUAUAAUACCACAAAGAUCUUGACCCCACAUUAUGAUCUUGAUGUUUCUGCUUAUGAGACAUAUGGGAAGAUGUAUCUUAGUCCUCUAUUUGCCCUUUCCAUUGGAUCAGGAUUUGCGAGAUUUACAGCAACUCUCACCCAUGUGGCACUUUUUAAUGGCCGUGAUAUUUGGAAGCAGAGCAAAUCCGCAAUGAAGAAUAUGAAAUUAGAUGUACAUGCAAAAUUGAUGAAAAGUUACAAAGAAGUGCCUCACUGGUGGUUCCUCAUCCUAUUAAUAGGAAGCAUUGCCCUAUCUCUUGUAAUGUGCUUUGUGUGGAAAGAAGAAGUGCAGCUGCCAUGGUGGGGGUUGCUCUUUUCCUUUGCCUUGGCCUUGAUUGUUACCCUCCCUGUUGGGGUCAUUCAAGCAACCACUAACCAGCAACCUGGAUAUGACAUAAUAGCACAGUUCAUAUUUGGGUAUAUCCUCCCUGGAAAACCUAUAGCAAACUUGCUUUUCAAGAUGUAUGGUCGAACCAGUUCGAUCCAUGCUUUAUCAUUCUUAUCUGAUCUUAAACUCGGGCAAUACAUGAAAAUUCCGCCACGAUGCAUGUACACAGCGCAGCUGGUGGGAACUGUUGUUGCUGGUAUAGUAAACCUUGCAGUUGCAUGGUGGAUGUUGGGGAGUAUUGAAAACAUAUGUGAUGUUGAGUCAUUGCAUCCCGAUAGCCCAUGGACAUGCCCUAAAUUCCGUGUCACCUUUGAUGCUUCUGUUAUAUGGGGUCUGGUUGGACCCAGGAGGCUGUUUGGACCGGGAGGGAUGUACCGUAACUUGGUAUGGCUAUUCCUCAUAGGAGCAGUCCUGCCAGUACCUGUCUGUGUACUGAGCAAAAUUUUCCCUAAUAAGAAAUGGAUCCCCCUGAUAAACAUCCCAGUUUUAUCCUAUGGUUUUGCUGGGAUGCCUCCAGCGAGGCCCACCAACAUAGCUAGUUGGCUAGUCACAGGGACAAUCUUCAACUAUUUCAUAUUCCGAUACCGAAAGGGAUGGUGGCAGAAAUACAACUAUGUUCUAUCUGCAGCCUUGGAUGCUGGAACUGCCUUCAUGGGUGUUCUUCUGUUCUUUGCCCUGCAGAAUGAGAACCAUGAUUUGAAGUGGUGGGGUACAGAGCUAGACCAUUGCCCUUUGGCCACAUGCCCAACUGCACCAGGGAUUGCGGUUAAAGGAUGCCCAGUCUUCAGAUAGGUAAUCCAUACUGGGGCUUGGAGAUUAUAGAAAAUGCAGAAUUGGUGGCGGUUUUGAGAGAGAAGCGGGCAUAUGCUGGUUUAGAAGUCAAAAAAAAUUGCUUUGCACUAUUGUAAACGAAUUGUUGUUUUUUAUUUUUAUUUUAUUUUUUUAACUCUAGUGGAUGUGGAGGAAAGGUCUUUUUGAAGUCCAAGAGCAGAUUUUCAAUGUUUUAAUGCACUAUAUUAUUGUUGUGCA